UCUGCCCCGAGAGCUGCCAGGGUCCUGAGAGAGGGACUACAGGGGGACAGAGACAGUUCAGCAGCUUAUCAGAUGGACAACUUCUGUAUCUGAGGUUUAAAAAACCAAGAGACAAGACAAUCAUCCAACAGGAGGCCUUGAUCCUAUGCUCAGUCUGCAGGGACAGAAAGGACCACUAAUUGCUCCAUGAGGAAUCAGGUGCCAUGGUGCUGAUGGGGCUCCAUCUGCUGGCACUGGCCCUGUGGGUUGGCGUUGGAGUAAAGCUCCAAGUUCGGGGCGACCAGAUAAAGCCGACCCUAGCACCUCUGAUCCCUCACCGGCCUUUUGUCAUAGUGUGGAACGCGCCAUCUGAAUCCUGCCGCCAUCGAUUCAAGGUGGACUUGGACCUCAGCGUUUUCGACAUUGUAGCGAACCUCAACGAAACCCUAAGCGGACCAAAUGUGACCAUAUUCUACCACAGCCACUUGGGAUACUACCCAUACUACUCCAACUCCGGGGUCCCUAUCAAUGGUGGACUGCCGCAGAACCAGAGCAUCUCCAAACACCUGAACAAGGCCCGGGCGGACAUCGACAAGCUAAUCCCCCACAAGGACUUUCGAGGCCUAGGUGUCAUCGACUGGGAGAACUGGAGGCCUCAGUGGGUCCGAAACUGGGGCUCAAAGGACAUCUACCGCAACAAGUCAAAGGAACAAAUCCGGAAACUUCACCCGAACUGGCCGGAGAGCAAGGUGGAGAAGGAAGCGAAGGAAGACUUCGAGAGGGCUGGGCAGACCUUCAUGAACCUGACUUUAGCUCUGACUGAAAGCCGCAGGCCGGACGGGCUGUGGGGGUUUUACCUGUUUCCAGACUGCUACAACUACGGAUACAAGCAGCACCCACAGCGGUACACCGGCGAAUGCCCCAACGUUGAGCAUGUACGCAAUGACCAUCUGAUGUGGCUCUGGAAGGAGAGCACGGCCCUCUACCCGUCCAUCUACCUGGACUACGAGCUCAAGUCCUCCGCCAACACUGUCAAGUUCGUCCACUAUCGAGUCAAGGAAGCCAUGAGGAUCGCGUCCAUCGCCCGCACGGACUUCACAUUGCCAGUGUUUGUCUACUCCAGACCUUUCUACGCCUACACUUUUCUGGUUCUUUCAGAGAGCGACCUGGUUCACACCAUCGGGGAGAGCGCUGUCUUGGGAGCGUCGGGCGUCGUUCUCUGGGGAUCAUCCGAGUACUCACGAUCAAAGAGAAACUGCAUGACUGUGAAGAAGUACAUCGACGGUCCGUUGGGACAUUAUGUCAUCAACGUCACCUCCGCCGCCAAGCUGUGCAGCAAAGCGCUUUGCAAGAAGAACGGCAGGUGCGUCCGCAAGAGCCUGGACUCGGGCGCGUAUCUGCACCUGAACCCACGCUUCUUCCACAUCCAUCGCAACCCGACGCCCAGGGGGCCCCGAUUCCACGUCAGCGGCCACCUCAACAACCUCGACAUCCUGGACAUGAAGCACAAGUUCACCUGCCAGUGCUACCAGGGCUGGACGGGCGUUUACUGCGAGAUGCCCCAGGCUCAGGCUCCACCCCCGGCUCCUCCUCCCCCACCUCAGCCUGCCUUCCCUCUGCCUCACCCCAGAGAGAACAGCCUGCUGGGGGAUAUCCUACUCAUCCUGUCACUCCAUUUCUCCUGUCUGUGUAUCAUCAUGUUCCUGGGACUCUGUCUGAUUAUCAAGUGUCUGAUACUGGAGACUUAAUUUUAGAGUUUUAGCCAGACCCAAAGCUGCAGUUCCUCUAAUGGCCACAAGAAAACUGUUGAAAUUAAUGGGAAAACGUCCAACUUCGCUCUACAAACAUCAACAAAUACAGUUAUUAUUGUGUGUCUUUGUGGUGAUUCUUUUUAAUUAAAGGAAUAUUUCACUAAAACACUAUGUUUUAAGUAUCAAACACGCCUGUAAGCUCAAAAGGGUUGUACUUAAAAGUUUGUAGCUUCCUCAUUUACAAAAGAUGGAUUCACAAUUGUGACUGAGGCUGACUUACCUUGCACGGCAGCUGGAUUUUCGUGGUAUCAGAAGAUCACAGAAGAAUUGCGGGAUCACACUGCACACAAAAAUCCAUCUGGCCAGGUUUCAAGUAAUGCGUUUGUGUCUGAACCACCAUCUUACCGAACCAUUCGGCGUCCGAUUAGGAGCAACGGGCAGUUACGUGCGUGGUUUAGGUGUGACAGCCCCAACGUGAUAAAAAGAUGGUUCAUCCAAUCACCUGCAAGGUAUUUUUUGAAAGUGCCCGCCCUUUUCCAAACAGCUUCUCAGAUGAUUCUGUAUUAAUAAACCAUCUGGUGUGUCAGAUUUACUGUUUUGCAGCA